UUCAAAUGGUUUAACAGUUCUUUCAUCACACCUGCCUCUGCUCCACGGACAAACGUCGCUGCAAUGAGAACCUCCAACAUACUUCCUGUUGUAAAUCUAAUUUUCAUCACAUCAUUUCCAGAUCUUCAGGCAGAAACACUCAAAGCGACUGGAUAUGUUGGCAAAGAGGUCAUUUUGAAAUGCCAGUUAGCCUCAGGAUCAGAAAACAUUACUCAGGUUCAGUGGGAAUUUGAGUCCACGAUUAUCCUUGUUUUCAACACCCAGCAUGGAAUGAGUAUAAAAGAUUCUCAACUAAAGGAAAGAUUGAAUCUUACAGAACAGUCACUGAAGAUUAGAGAUGUGAAAAUCACAGAUUCAGGGACUUACACCUGCACUGUAACCACAUACCCCAGUGGAUCACUUGAAGAAACCAUCAAACUUGUUGUUGUUACUGGUGAGCCUGCCCCAGAACAAAACCAGCAGAUACAGAUGUCUGCAGGGAUACUUUGUGCGAUAAUCAUCUCUGCUGUGCUGCUUUUAGGGAUCCUGACGGCUGCAGCUUACCUUACCUUCGUCAGAAGGAAGUGCUGUACGCUGAUGUGAGGCCUAAGUGAACCAGAAAUUCAGGAUCUUCACUGACUAAAAUACCAAGAGUAUCUGCAAAACCUGAGGAAGUCACCUAAGGGGAUGUCAAGGUUUAUCAUCAGAGGCCCAACUUAAAAACAGUUUAGUGUUUAGUGAAUGUUGUACAGAACAGAUUUGCUGCAACAGAGCUGGUUUUAUGAAAAAAAUAAAAUCAUCUCCAGCUCUCUGGUCGUUCUGCACACGCUAUUGACAAACUCAAUCAAACUUCCAGCUAAAUGAUAAUAUCAGCAUUUCAGCAUGUCUAUAACUUGUGAUUGCUGCUUGCCAAAAUGUUUUCCAUUUUCAAUUGUUUUCAUUUAUGGUUUUUUUGAACUAGGCAGGGGACCUUGUGUUUAUGUGAGCUUGUGAAACAGCAUUUUCAUGAUUAUCAGAUGUGUGUAGUUUUUGUAUCAUAUCUAACAAAACUGUUCAUAUCCCUUGAUUAUUUUCACAUGACAAAUCAAAUGUUACUCUUUGUAUUGGGAUUUAAUGUGAUACAGCAACAAAAACUAACAUCAUUUUGAAAGGGAAUUAAAAUAAUAAUUUUUCACCAAACAAAAACUUGUCUUAAAAACUAUAUUCAGCCCCUUUUACUCUGGUGGCCUUGAAUAAAAUCCAAUGAAAACAAUUUUCCUCACAAGUUUCUCAAUCAGUUAAUUGACCUGGAUAAUUAAACCUUUAUUUGAUUAUAAACUCAGCCAUUGUGAGAAGGUAUCAGAGAUCCACAGCUCAGUCAUUACAAGAAAACCAUCAGUUGCAAAUCUGACUUUGAGCAAGA